AUGUCGAUGCGCCGCCUAGGUGCUUCGGAUUUUCGCGGAAUCCGCGAGUGCCGCUCCGGCGCCUUCUCCUCCGAGAUCUGGUUUGGCGAGAAACGCCUCAUCCUCGGCACCUUCGACACCGCAGAGGAGGCGGCCCGCGCGCGACGCGGCGGCGUGGAUCUCGCGCCUCUCCCGCGGCUUUUCACCGACGAGGAUCAUCGUGUCCACCGGAGGCGGCAGCGUCGCCUCGCCAUUGCCGAGAUGGACGUGGAAGCCAUGGUGGUGUGGCGGGAACUCUUCCCGCAGGAAAUAGUCGACGAGCGCCAGUUCUACAAGCAAAGGAGGACGGAGAGGGAGGCGAGGAGGACGGAGCGAGCCGCCUAUCGAGAGGACAAGCGUGCGCGGAAGCAGGCCGCUCAAUUAAGACUGAAGCUUCGAGAAACGUCGGGGUGGCACUUCGAGGACGAGCGGUCUACUGACGCCUACAUUCAGACGUCGAAGGAGGACAUUACCGAGUCGGAGUCGGAAAGCGACGAGUAA